GUACAUCCUCGUUCUUGCCUACCUACCAACCUAUUUUCCUAUAUCGGCUCACACCGUGCAGGGCGCACGAUUUCUGCAGCUUUCUUUUAUUUUUUUCCUUUUUCACGGCAUACCACUGUCCUAUCCCAUCAUCUCUUUUGUGCCCCUUUCCUUCUUGCUGCAGAGCUCAGUCGCGACUCUGCAGCCCGCGGCGGCCUGGCGCGCCGGCGCUCCAGGCUCUGCCCGCUCUCCAAGGUAGCACUCGCCGCGAUGGAGCCCGUCGUCUACGAUGAGACGCCCCUCGCGGAAUACCUCAAAGAUGGAGGAGACGGUUCCGACGUCGACUGGGCGGCCGUCGACAGCUCCCCGCCACGUCCGCCGUCGUCGUCACGAUGCGACUCCUCACCGCCCGCCAGCCCCUCUCCCUUUGCGCCCACCGGCCGCCCGCUGGUCAAGGCUCGUUUCCGCAGCGCGCCGUCGCCCGCGAUACAUUCUGCGAUACCGAGCGCCAUAUCUACAGCGUCGCGCUCCUCUACGUUGCGGACCCUCCGGCGGAACUGCUCUGCAGCGGUAGUCGCGAGUAUCGAUCGCGCCGACAAUGCAAAGUUCCUCGAGCAGUUCCGCUACACCAUCAUCGCGUCGCAGCUGCUCAGCGGCCACUCCAUCGUCAGCCAUCGUGCCUCGUUCACCUCGAAUCCUAGCGGAGCCACGGCCGAGCCGAACCCAGCGCUUCUAUCGACAGAAGGCAUCGCAGCAUCAAUACUUGGCGCCCUGGCCGUCGCCGUGGUGUUGAGCUGGCUCCGUGGCAGCACAAAACCUUACAUGACACGGAAGCGGCUCACGGUGCUGGUGGCCCUGGUCGCAGCCUCGGGCUUCGUCGGCCAGGUCUACAUGAAGCGGCAGUGGCUGCGUUACCGACGCGAACAAUCCCUGUCUGAAGUGGUUGCUUUUGUUGCCAACUCGCAUGACUUUGAUAGCGCGACCGAGGCAACCCUGUCGUUGGUGCAAGAGGUGGAGUUGGUUUCGCGGGGAUAUCGAAUCACGGCACCCCUGCCGCCCAUCAGCCGCCUCGAGGACCGCAGCCAGAGCCGAAAAUGCGUGCGACUACGGCGUGCGCUCAAAAGCGCCCUGGGCGACUCCCUUAAGACGUACAACCACAUCUCGUCUGUGGUGAGGGCCUUUUCGGAGCAGACGGAACUGGAAAAGUACUACGACAUGUACGAUGUCAGCGACUUGGAUAUGUCGGAUGCGCUCCAGGGCUUCAACGAAAACGAGUUUGACGAUGCCGAGUCGCUGAGGACGCUCAAGAUCCUGGCCGCGCGAUUCCACACGACGCGGAAGAUGCUUCUCUGCGCCCUGCUGGCAUUUGAUGCGAAUGGGGAGAGCAACGACCUGCUCCGGUGGAGCACGGCGGUUGAGUCGCUCCGCAGCCUAAACUCCACGACCAAAGCGUCGUACCUCAGGAUGCAGUCCAUCCUAAGUGAGGAGGAGUCCUUUCCCGUCCCAGCCACUCCCAAGAUACCUCUCACGCCCAACAGGGAGCGCUGGCGCUCGCAGCUGCGCAAGCUCAACUCGCUGUCGACGGGGAUCAGAGGCCUGCAGGCCAAGCUCCAUCUUCUACGGGAGGAGUCGGACCGGGCGCUCGACGACUCCAACGACGUGUCGGAGCUGGGGCCGAACCUCAUGUCGCAGUACGAAUCCAUCGGCGUGGACCUCAAGGAGCUCAUGACGGCGUGGGAAGAGGGCAAGGCGGCGUUGGCUCUCGGCAUCGAUAGGAACGAGAAGAGGCUCUCGUCGAUGAGCACGGCCCUCUCGCCGACGACGUCGCUCAGCGGUCUCACGACGGUGGGCGAGGGCGGGACGGCGGACGCGCUCAAGGCGCUGACGGGAGAGUCGCCGGCCAGCUCGGAGGCGCCGGAGCCCGAGACGCCCGAGGUGUUUGAGGCGGUGGCGCUGCCGCGACCGCGCAGCCUGCUGACGCGAGAGGAGCGAAUCGCCAAGAUGAGAGACGAACGAGAACAAAAGGCGCUGGCCAGGCAGCAGAUGGACGCGACGAGGGGCAUGUUGCGGGAGCUCGAGACGGUCAUCAACCUGCGGCCGAGAAACCGGGCCAGCACCCCGGCGACACCAGGACGGGUGUCGAUGUGAGCAGCAGCUCCUAGCUACUUACUAACUACCUACUUGUACAACACAGCACGAACAGGCGCACGGGGUUUCCGAGGCCCUUUUGUCUUUUCUCGAGGGCCGGUAUUCCAGCAAUACUAGGGGAAGGUGUUCACUUUGGGAGUGUUCCUUGUCCUAUUAUGGUGUUCAUGGUCUCGUCUCGUACGAAUUGGGAGGGCGUCUGGACUAGCAUCUUACAUUCUCUGGUAUAGCUGCAAUGUUUCAUUGAGUUGUCGAUAAUCAGUGGGGUCCUACCUAUAGGUAGUAGGACUGUAGGGAAUCAAGAUUGAUCAGCAAUUGAAGCCCGCCCGGCCAGUGCCAUGAAACACUUUCCAAUAGUACUAAUGAUACCUAGGUACCUAGUAGGUAGGCAAGUGCCUUACCUAGGAACAACCUUGGAAGCUUGGGCUCACCCGAG